AUGGUACAUAAAAAAGAGCAAAUAAGGCAGGAUUCCACAGCGAAGAACUCAUUGUUGCCUAAAGAUGAAAUAAUCUUCAGAAACAUGACGGAAUUGUAUCAUUCGAGGAAUUAUAAAAAGGCACUAAAAGUAGCUGAAACAUUAGUAGCAAAAUAUCCUGAACACGGAGAAUCUCUAUCUUUCAAAGCACUUAUUUUACAUCAUCUAGAACCUGACAGAAUUGAUGAAAUACUGGAAAUUGCUAAGGAUGGGCUUAAAUAUGGAAUUAGCAGCUAUAUAUCCUGGCACAUCCUAGGGGUUAUAUACAAAUAUAUGAAACGCUACAAGGAGGCCCUGAAGUGUUUUAUAAUGGCUCUGAAGAAAGAUCCAGCCAAUGAUAGACUCCAUAAAGAUAUUUGCUGUCUAGAAAUUGAAUUGUGUGAUUACUCAGCACUGAGGAGAUUUAGCAGCGAUGGCCUUAAACUAAAAUCUAUGGAUUAUAGAGAAUGGGCUUUGUUUGCCUUUUCUCAGCAUCUUUGUGGAAACCUAACAAUGGCGGCAAAAGUAUUGGAAGAGGCAGAUAAAUUAUUUAAUCUGAAUUAUAGGGUAGAAGAUUAUGAAUUGAGUGAAGCUAUCAUGUAUAGAGGAAUGGUGCAUGAGCACAUGGGUGAUUUUGAUGAAUGUCUACGGAUUCUAGAGAAACAUGGUGAUGUUAUUAAGGAUAAAAUUACGUAUUUGGAAUUGAAAGGGAAAAUGGCCUUUUUUUGCAAAAAUUACAAAUUGUCAAAUGAUUGUUAUAAACAACUACUUAAACUUAAUCCUAACAAUGCACGCUAUGUCAUAUUGUACCUAAUUACACAUAGAGAUGAAAACAUUAGGAAUUUAUUUUUAAUACCCAAAUUUAGUCAUUCUAAGCCAAAAAGGGGCUCAAUAUAUGAUUCCAGUUUAACCCAUUAUGCCCAUGAGAUCGUUUCAGAGAUCACUAGCAAUGAAAAUUCCGGGGAUUUGAACCUUAAGUAUGAGUUUAUGGAUGAAUCCUCUGCGAUAUUGCCGAGCAAUGAAGUAUUUGACAUAGAUGGAGAAUAUUCAUCUGCUGGUUGGACAUUGGAAUGUAGUUUAUAUCAUAAUUUCGAUAGGUAUAUUUCAAAAAAUAGAAACAGUACUAAGGAAGCGUCAAACUAUUCUAUUUUCUAUAGUUAUCGUGAUUAUGUUAAUAAUAUAUCACGUAGUCUCGAUCUAAAUGAGCUACCUGCACCAGAUUCUCUUGAUGAUGUGAACACUGUUAUAUCCGUAGUUGAUGAUUAUUUGAUGAAAAAUCCUGCGGCAAAGCAUGUUUUAUAUACGAAAUACAGAAAAAGUCGGAAAAGGGAUAAAUAUCCACUGUUUAUAUUUACAAGGCAGUUGACUAGUGAAGAAUCAAAGAUACUGUUGGAAGCUUUAGAUAAAAUGGAUUUGAAUAAUUCAUAUCUCUACAAAUGUUUUGUAUUAUCAUUUACUUCUGGCAUAGAAUUUGCUAAGCAUGCCCAUGAUAUAAUAUGUCAGCUAAUUGACAAAGGUGUAGUUAAUUCGUUCAAGUAUUUUUUGCACACCUGCACAUUUGAAGUCGCAUACAUCGUAUUAUUUCUUUUGUCAAAAUAUAGUGAUAACCUAAGGAAAGGUCGAAAAAUGGAUCAUAACAUCUUUCCAGCACAAAGUAUUGUUUAUGAAACGUCAGGUUCGGUUACUGAGCACAACAUUAUUUGCGACCAUAAAUUAAUAUUGGUCAACAUAUUCCUAGCAAAGAUGUAUGAUUUAAUGGGUGCACAUAAAGAGGCUUUGGAUGCAAUCAACUCUGUCUUUGAUCUAGCACCUACAUCAGUUGAUCUUUUCUCUGUCCGCGGAAAGAUUUAUAGGCAUAUGGGUGAUUUUGAAUCGAGCAAUUAUGAUUUUGCUAAAGCGAGUGAUCUUGAUAAAAGUGACAGGCAAACUAGUGCCAAAGCUUCUAAGGCUUUAUUGCGUGCAAAUGAGUUUGAUUCUGGAAAGGAAAAAUGGAAGAAGUUUUUGAUUGAAGACACACCGGAAAAAGAGAAUAAAGACAAUGUUUUCGAAGUACCCAGUUUUAAAUUUGAACUUAUUAUGGCAAACAAAUAUAAAUCCUUGUACUACAAAAGUUUGCCCAGUGGUAACGCAGAUGGUAAAACCGCCCUAGAAUGGUGGGACAUGGCACAAGAUAUAUACUCAUCAAUUAUUGAAAAACAUAAUGAGAUUUACGUUAAUCAGUUAGAAUUUCACAAUUAUUGUUUGAAUAGGUUGGCUUAUCGCAUAUACUACAACUUCUUGAGCUUGAGAAAUGUGUAUUGUUCUCAGGGAUAUUUUAUUAAGGCAGCGAAGGGUCGAUUCAGAUGCUUAAUGGAAGAAAAUACUAAAGAUAAAAAUGAAGGCGUAUCAUCUACUUUAGAGGAUUGCACCAAAAUAAUGAGGGACAUUCUUUCCCAACGUGUUUAUGAUUCUGGAUUGUACCAUUUCUUCUAUCAAAUAGCAGAAAUAUCUAAGCUAUCUUUUAUGUUUAAAAUGCAAUGUAUAAUGAGGAUAUAUAAUUCUUCAAGACAAAAUCCCCUUAGCCACAAUCUGUUCCCCAUUGUUUUCCAUUUGCUAUUUAACAUAAAUGUCAAUACACUUAGUCCGCAUGAAUCUUUGAUUUUUUACAAAACUAUGUCUAUAGUAUUGAAAUUUUUGGGGGAAAUAACUAUAGAUGUUGAUAAUAGGGUAUUCUUGGACGAGAAUUCCUGUAAAAUAACUCCCAGGGAAUGUUCAUGGAAGUAUCUCGAUUAUCUUACCAAAUUUUUUGAAGAAUCAGGCAUAUAUACUAUAAAACAUGUUGAGGGAUUGAUAUACUGUUUAUAUGAUAAGGAAGGUGUUGCUGACCGAAUUAGCAGAAUAUUCAUGCUUUCCAAAAAAGUAUACAGUGAUCUUACCUUUGGAGCUUAUCACAAGCACCAUAAUUUCUUUGCUGGAGUUAUAAACUCCUGUAACGUGGAAAGUAAUAUAGCAUCACUACAACAAGAACAAUCUGAAGCUACUAAAAUCUGGAGAGAAAGAUUCCCAAGUGCAUCAUUUGAUAAGAUAAUUGAUCUAUAG